CUGAUGAUGGGUUUCGCGGUCUCUGGUGAUGCUCGUGGCAGUUCUGCUGUUUUCGCCAGCAUGUCGGUGGACGCUGCAGUCCGCAAGCCCACAUCUCCGUCAGUCGAGCAAUGCUAUGACGGUGAACCGCUGCCAAAUGAUUUCUCCAACGACAAGAAGCGUUGUCGAACCCUCAUACGUUCUCAUCAACAGUCCUGUCUCAUUGUAUCGCAUCAAUCCUAUCAACCAACCUCUUCAUUUUUAUAG